UGAUUGGCAAUGAAUAUGGAUUGCGAUUCUACUAUGUCCAGUCCGAGAAACAACUUGAACAACGGAAUUGACAAGCAGUAUCUUGCUUCUCCUAUUAAGAAUUCGGUGGACAAGUAUCAACUUAUUCCAGAAUUUCUAAAGGUGAGAGGAUUGGUGAAGCAACACUUAGCCUCGUUCAAUUACUUGGUUAAGACGGAUAUAAGGAAGAUUGUACGUGCAAAUCAUGAGAUUAGAUCAACACGGGAUCCUGAUAUCUAUCUUAGGUACAGAGAUGUCCGUAUUGGUGAACCAUCGAUGACUUAUGAUGGUGUAAGGGAGAAGCUAAGUCCACAGAAAUGUCGAUUAGCUGACCUUACCUAUGCAGCUCCAAUUUUUGUCACAGUAGAUUACACAAUGAUAAGGAACGGGCAGAUAUCAAUGGCAACGCAGAAAGAUGUUGUCAUUGGACGAAUGCCUAUUAUGCUAAGAAGUUGUUUGUGUGUGCUGUAUGAGAAAGAUGAAGAACAACUAGCAAAACUUGGAGAAUGCCCACUUGAUCCGGGAGGAUUUUUUGUUGUCAAUGGCAGAGAGAAGGUGAUUUUAAUUCAAGAACAGCUCUCGAAGAACAGGAUAAUCAUCGAUACAGAUAGAAAAGGUUGUGUACAAGCAUCUGUUAUCUGCAGCACAGAAAAAACAAAGAGCAAAACAAUUAUAAAAAUGGAGAAAGAAAAGGUAUACUUAGAGUUGAAUAUGUUCAAAACCAAGGUCCCCAUAAUGGUUGUCAUGAAGGCCAUGGGAAUGGAAAGCGAUCAAGAGGUUGUGCAAAUGAUAGGAAGAGAUCCUCGGUAUAGUGCUUUGCUUUUGCCAUCAAUCGAGGAGUGUGCAGAUCUCAAUUUGUAUACACAACAUCAAGCACUGGAGUUCCUCGAGAGUGACAAGAUGUUCAGAAUGCCUUCGUAUUCUACUGGUCCAGUUGAGAAGGGAGCCCGAGCUUUGAGUAUUCUUCGUGACAUGUUUCUUGCACAUGUUCCAGUCAAUCAACAUAAUUUCCGCAAAAAAUGCAUAUAUGUUGCAGUAAUGAUGAGGCGCAUGAUGGAAGCAAUCUUGAACAAGGAUGCAAUGGAUGACAAGGACUAUGUGGGGAACAAAAGACUGGAGCUCUCUGGUCAGCUACUCUCUCUCCUUUUUGAAGAUUUGUUCAAGUCGAUGAAUGAUGAAGCUAGGAGGGAAUUUGAUGCUUACUCCAAACCUUCCGACCUGUUAUAUCAUGUAAAGAGAAGCAACAGAAUUACCGUUGAAUUGCAGAGAGCCCUAUCUACGGGCAACUGGGAUAUUAAACGAUUUAGGAUGCACAGGAAAGGCAUGACUGAGGUUCUUGCUAGGCUAUCAUACAUCGGAACGUUGGGCUACAUGACGAAGAUCAAACCACAAUUUGAGAAGUCUAGAAAAGUUAGUGGCCCUAGAGCACUGCAACCUAGCCAGUUUGGCAUGAUCUGCCCUUGUGAUACUCCAGAAGGUGAAGCUUGUGGAUUGGUGAAAAAUCUGGCCUUGAUGACUCAUGUUACAACAGAUGAGGAUGAGCGCCCUAUUAUGUCUUUGUGCUACGACUUGGGUGUUGAGGACUUGGAACAACUUUCAGCAGCAGAACUUCACACGCCAAAUUCUUAUCUCAUCAUAUUAAAUGGACUUAUCCUAGGCAAGCACAGGAGUCCCCAGCGAUUUGCUAAUGGAAUGAGGAAGCUACGGAGGGCUGGUCGAAUUAGGGAGUUUGUAAGCAUCUUUGUGAAUGAUAAGCAGCGCUGUGUCUACAUUGCUUCAGAUGGUGGACGUGUCUGUCGUCCACUUGUAAUUGCUGAAAAAGGUGUUUCUAGGAUCAAGGAGCUCCAUAUGAAUGAGUUGAGGGAUGGUUUGCGUGACUUCAACAGCUUUCUAAGAGAUGGUUUGAUAGAAUAUCUUGAUGUCAACGAGGAGAACAACUCAUUGAUUGCUCUAUAUGAAAAGGAGGCAACACCAGAUACAACACAUAUUGAGAUUGAGCCUUUCACAAUCUUAGGUGUUUGUGCUGGUUUGAUACCUUAUCCUCAUCACAAUCAGUCCCCUAGGAAUACCUAUCAGUGUGCGAUGGGUAAACAAGCUAUGGGAAACAUUGCCUACAACCAAUUGAAUCGGAUGGAUGGUUUGCUCUACCUUUUGGUGUAUCCUCAACGCCCUUUACUGACUACAAGAACAAUUGAGUUGGUUGGAUAUGAUAAACUAGGCGCUGGACAGAACGCUACUGUUGCUGUGAUGAGUUAUAGUGGCUAUGACAUUGAGGAUGCAAUAGUAAUGAACAAGUCUUCUUUAGAUCGAGGUUUUGGGCGUUGCAUAGUGAUGAAAAAACACGCAGCCAUGUGUCAGAAGUAUAAGAAUCUCACAUCAGAUAGGCUAAUUAAACCACAACGUCAGGGUUAUGAAGCAGAAAGGAUUCUGGAUGAUGAUGGACUAGCUUCUCCAGGAGAAAUUAUUCGAAAUGGUGAUAUCUAUAUCAACAAGGAGUCCCCUACAGUCACGGUUGCAACAGUCACGUCUCCAAUGGACUUGCCGGAUAAUGCUUAUAGGCUAAGUAGACAAACUUAUAAAGGUACUGAAGGGGAGCCAACUGUCAUUGACAGAGUGGCUCUUCACUCUGAUGAAAACAACAAUUUAAGCAUCAAAUUUAUGAUCCGUCAGACCCGUAGGCCUGAGAUUGGUGACAAGUUUAGUAGCAGACAUGGGCAGAAAGGAGUCUGUGGCAUCAUUGUACAACAGGAAGAUCUUCCGUUUUCUGAACGUGGAAUUUGCCCUGAUCUCAUUAUGAAUCCUCACGGAUUUCCAAGCCGAAUGACAGUAGGAAAGAUGAUCGAGCUUCUUGGCAGUAAAGGUGGAGUUUCGUGUGGUAGGUUUCAUUAUGGCAGUGCUUUCGGAGAACCCAGUGGUCAUGCAGAUACGGUUGAUGCUAUCAAUGAAACUCUGGUAAAGCAUGGAUUUUGCUACAAUGGGAAGGAUUUUAUUUAUUCAGGCAUCACUGGUAUGCCACUACAAGCAUACAUCUUCAUGGGGCCAAUAUAUUACCAAAAGCUGAAACACAUGGUCGUAGACAAAAUGCAUGCUCGUGGGAGUGGGCCUCGUGUUAUGAUGACAAGACAACCUACCGAAGGGAGAAGUAGAAAUGGAGGUUUACGUGUGGGAGAAAUGGAACGUGAUUGUUUGAUUGCAUAUGGUGCAAGUAUGUUGAUACACGAGCGCCUGAUGCUUUCCAGUGAUCCCUUCGAGGCUCAGGUUUGCAGAAAAUGUGGUUUAUUGGGAUAUUACAACUACAAGCUGAAGAUUGGCAUUUGUUCCAUGUGUAAGAACGGGGAUAACAUGUCUACGAUGAAGUUGCCCUAUGCGUGCAAGCUCCUAUUCCAGGAGCUCCAAUCAAUGAACAUUGUUCCACGAUUAAAACUAACAGAAGCUGUUUGA